AAGUAUCAUCGAACCGAAUAAUUCGCGGCAUCUUUUUAAAUUGUCUCACGCUUUGCAAUACUUAAACAUGGAACAUUACCCAGCACUUGCCCAAGGCCCUGUGUUCACAUGCUAUAUAAUACUAAAUUAUUCAAACUUUUUUCAACACUGGCGACUGUCAAAACAUUUGUGACUGGAUUGAAGUAAAGAAAUUACACGAUUAAAAGAUGAGUUCUGGUUUUGUAACAGAGGCAGAAGCAGCCGAAGUCCGCAAGAGGCGUCAGGAAGAAUGGGAACGUGUGCGCCAGCCGGAAGAUCCCCUUGAACGACCAGAGGAACCGUACGAUGGAAGGUCUCUGUACGAACGCCUCAAAGACAACAAGACAAAAAAGGACAUGGAGUACGAGGAAGCCCAUAAACUUAAGAACCUUAUACGCGGUCUGGACGACGACGAGGUCCAAUUCCUUGAGCUGGUCGAUGCCCACAAAAUAAACAGUGAGCGCCAGCAAAUGCGUGACGAGGAGCUAGAACUCAAGGAUUUUCGCAAUCGGGUCGAAAAGCUCCAGGAGGAAAGUGUCGAUAAGAAAUUGAAGGCGGAGAUAAAGACCACAGCCAAAUCAGCUGGCACCUUGGCAGGGCGCAAUAGCCAAAAGUCAUUACUCGGCCAGGGCAUAAAAAGGAAAAAUGGUGAACUACCAACCAGCUCUAGCAAAGUAGCCAAACCUGAGGAGAAACCCACAACAACUGCCACUACCCUGAUCACUGAUAAGUACGACCAGGGGGCAUUGAAGUGUAUCGGCGUGCUGCCAGGCAUCGGAUCCUACACAGAGUCCAGCGAUUCGGAAGCUAGCACGGAUUCGGAUGAACAUGACCAUUGCACCAGAACCGACCUAUGCGGCCGAAAAAUACCCAAGAAGAAAGCGUGCGCCGAGUAGGAUAAAACAUUUUUAUGGGAAUCUUAAUACGAAGUCUCUUUCCUUUGAAAAAACAGAAAAUAUAGCCUAGAACGUAAACUUAUCAAGUUA